AUGUCACAUGUACGCAAGCGCCAGUUCCAAGCAUCGAACCAGUCGUCGAUCAAGUCCUUCUUCACAAGCCUGGGCUCAUCAUCAGCGCCAUGCUCGACAGACAUUGAUGAGUACUCACGCCCCCUGAAGCCCCAACAACCGGACCAUGUGCAGUCGCUCCUCAUCAACGUCGGUAUGCGCGUCCGCAAGUCGGUGCCCGAAGGAUACAAGACACACAAGUCACUGCCAGUGCCGACCAUGUCCUACAUGCAUCCCGCCAGCAUCUCGGCCAACUCUGAAAAUGAGAUGCCCACCAGCAGUGCGCCGGAACUCUACACCAAGCCUUCCGAGUUGGCUCCUUUCUGUGGUCUGCACAAGAUUGGCGGCUUCAACUCUCAACCCACCUCGUCCGCUCCCAGCCUGUCAUACACACAGUCAACCAUGGCAUCUUCAAUCGACAUGCCGCAAACACCAAAGACCAACACACUCAAGAGAAGCUACGCAGACGAGAUCGAGGAGGAUCUCGACAACUACUUCGAUGACGAGCAGCAGCAGCAGAACGACUCGAUGCUCGACGACCUGUCAUCGCCCAAGACAAAGUACCCUCUCGGCCACUCAUCAAUGCCCAACCUGAGCGCUCAGAACAGCAUCGUCAGUCCUCAAAGCAGACCCAAGGCUCGCAUGAAGACUCGCUCGCCCCACAAGCUGUUGCAAGAUUUUACCGACGAGGAUGUUGCUUUCCUGCAGCCCAUGGACUGCGAGUAA